AUGGCCUUUACAGACUCCUCCGUCCCUCCCGCUGCCAGCCACACCGGCUUUCCAGCCCUCUGCAAGGUUGCCAACGAUGAUGGGGAUAAGGUCGGUACGCAGGACCCCUUCAUGGCGACACACCCGUCCUCUUCGCUACCGCCGUCGUGCGCCAGUUUGAUUCACUGCGUUCUGGGACGAUCCCUACCCUUUCUGCCGUCAUCGCCGUCGCGCAACGCCAACCCGCGAAGUGGUAGCAGCCUAGGUAUUGGUGGCCGUCUACGCUAUGGAACUGAUCCCAUGAGCUGUAGCGGUUCUCCGCAACUCAGUUACGAUGCCUCUGUCGCGGCCGACCCGUCGUCGCUCUCGCGCACGGUACCACACGGCAGCAGCAGCGACGAGGCCAACACGCUUGGGAAAGACUCCAUAUUGAAGGAAGAGGACGCCUUUCAGUCGCCGCACGGCACCCCCUCCGCUCCUACGGCGAUACGACGCUCGCUGUCGCCCACAGGAGCAGCGGCAGUGGUCCGGAAAGGAAUGCCGGCCGCACCAGUGCUGCUGCGCCACUCGCACGGCGGAAAAACACGUCUCUUGUACGCCGACGGUCACGUUGAGACAGUGGUGGCGGGUGGUGCAAGGAAGGCGCCAUCCAAACGUACGCAUGCGCCCCCUGCGGCGAGCCAUCGUCGCAUGUGCGCCGAUGACAAGAGAAGCCACCUUCGGACCUUGCCGCUGGACGCAGCCACGAGGGAGAAAGCAGCUCCUCUUCCGUCCCCUUCGGCGGACGGACGGUGGCUACUCGAAUCGUUUAACGCCGUGGCGCAGGUGCACCAGCAGCAGCUGCCGCCCCUGGUGGAGCCCAUCGCCACGCCGCCGGGGGCCGGCGCCGCCUCGUCCGCCAGUCCUCCCUCUCACGCUGCGGAGCGUAGGGCAGUGUGCCCGGUGGAGCCAAAGUCCAGCUGGCAGACGACGAAGAUCCCAUCGUGGUCUUUCGUGACCGCUGAGUCGCAGCCACAGAACCUGUUGCCGCGGCAACAGCAAGUUUCGACGAGCUUCACCCCUCCAUACUCUUCAGGGAAGACACCGCCAAGGCUGCCAGGCAACUUCAGCGACGGCACAGGCGAAGCUGAUCGCGCCAGGGAGGCCGCCGAGGCUGCAGGUGCUGAGGGCAGCAGUGGGCACAUGGCAGGCUUCCGGACCUUGAUGCCGACUGGACCGCCUCCGAUCACCCCAGCUGCCCUGGCUAGCCGUUACGAUGCCAACGAUAAAAGCAUACCCACCGCAGUGGCGUCCACAGUCAGUGUCCGACCCUCUUGCAGUACGAGCAACGUUGGGGAAGUCACCUUCAGCACGGCGGCGGACGACGCGACGACCGUAGUCGCGGCGAUGCAGCGUAGCAUUCGCGCGGAGCUAGCGGCCCAGCAGCGUGCUGGCGCGCAGGCCUUUGCGAGUCGCUACGCCCGAGACGUCUCCGCCUCGCCGUCUCUCUUCUCCCUCCGCUUCCCUGUCUGUCCGCUCUCCGAGCUGCACGCGUUUGCGGAUCGCCCUCACAACGAGGACGCCGCCGCCGCAUCGUGGGGCGCGCGGAGCACCGGUGAAUCCAGUGCAGCGUUUUCGGAGCGCCGAGAGACGGCCAGGACCACAAGUGGAGUCGAGGAGGCGCCUGCCAUUUCGCCCACUCGCUCACCACCACCGCCAGAGCAGACGCCCGACGUGCUGCUGCCAUACGCGCAGGUCACGACCCCGUCGGGUUUCACCGUACCGGAGCUGCUGCAGGACCGUCUGCUGCCACGCGAGACACCAACACUGCAGCACAAGCUGAGCAAACUUUAUGCCGUCCGAGGCCUCAUCGACGCGCGCGACUCCACGGCGUGUCGGUUCACGGUGUCCUUCAUGUGGUUUGUCCUCCUGCGGUGCCGCAAGGCACGCCGCGAACAGUCCCUGGUCAACGGCUACGGUCGCCUAUCGCACGCCUUCUCCAACGCUUUCCCGCACGUCGCCCUGGACGAGGCGUUGCCGCCGUUGGAUGUGCUGGAGCAGCUCCUGGUGGAGCUCCUGACCUGCUUGCGCUACUCAGUAAAGGUGCAAAGCGCGGCGAAUACUGCGACGAGUGCUGCCGUGGCAUCAAGCGCCGCAAGCGCUGCCCGCCCAUCACGGCACACAGAGGGGCUGUCGACGGCUGACGGUCUUGCCACUCUAACGAUGGCGUCAGGUAGGGAAGCGACCCCAACGCCGCCGCCAGCGUCUACGACGAACAAGACAAGCGACACUCCCAACGCGGCGAGCGCUGCCACGGCUCCAUCGAAGGUGCCGCUGCGCCUUCGGCUGCACGAGCACGGCGCCCACUUCCCGCUGCUGUUGAGCCCGACAUGGUCGAAACUGGUCAGCACGGGCACCGUCGAUACCGGCAGUGGCGACGGCUACCAAGAAUCGACGUACACGCAGCCGCAGGAGCAGCCGCACAGUCCACGUCGGCAAGAGGUGCAACGGAUGCUCCCCUCCGAAGACGCCUUGGCCAUUCUCUGGAAGGUAUAUCAGGAUCUGUGGCUACACCACAGCGAUUACGUGCAGCUAUGUCUGUACGAGGAGCUUCUGCAGAAGCAGCUCACCCUGCAGUUUGGCACCUUGGCAGUGCACCUGCAGCAGGGGGCCAUGAGCGCCGAGGCGUCGACAGCGGGCUCCACCACGCCGUCGUUCGGCGCCGGAGUCUCCCAAGGCCUCCGACCGUCGGUAACAUGGCGCUUGUCUGCUGUACCCAACACCACGCCCAACGCCCGCGGUGAGGGCUGUGGUGACCUCCGCACAAGCCGAAACGGCGCGCCGGCAUCGGGGGCCUAUCUGCGACCGUGGAGGGGCAGGAACACAACCGCCAUGAUGACGAACACGGCCGUUGCUGCCGCGGCCGCCGUUGCGCCUGCAGCGAUGCACGGUAUCCUCGAGAGCCUGCUGCUGCUCGUGGCGCACGCUACCUACUACAACUGUGUUUUCUGCUUCCCGAAUGACGUCUGCGCUGGCAUGUUCGACGAGGAGUUCCGCGCGGAUGUGAUGCGCUGGCUUUUCGCCUGCUGCCACGGUGUUUGCCUGACGCAUGUGCAGGUGCGGCACUGGCCAAUGCCGGCCAAGGGCGACUACACGGAUGCCCAGCUGAAGCACAGGGCCGCCACGGAGCUAGAGAUUUCGGCGCUGGGCCUGUUGCCGACGUGUGAGUCGCAAACGACGGGUCUUUUGCAUGCCGCUGUCGUUUUAGGGCUGCAAGGAAAGUCGUCGCUCACCGCCAUCGCUGAGGCUGCGCGGUCCGCCUCGCUCGUCACGGCCGCGGAGGACGGCGUCUUUGACGUUGGCGACGUCGAGGCCAACAGCGAGGCCCGGGUGAUCUACCAACUCGACCGAUACGGCCGCUCCGCUGCGCUGCACGUGGCAGAGCUCGAGCGGAGCAUGGCACUCCUCCAGCGGCGCCCCAUGGCAGGCGAUCUGUGUGGCAGCUGCAACUCACAGCUCGGGCUGCGUGGUGUUAGCGGGUCUAGUCGGACCCCCGGCAACAGUCGGGGCAGCUCCGCGGGUAGUGCGAGCCCAGCGCCGUCGCCGUUCAACGUGUACCCGAACCGUAUCGAGGUGGUGGUCACGGAGGCCAGCUCCCGCCGCUCGACGGCACGCAGGCAGACUGGGGCCAAGACAUUACGGCAGCAGAAGCACAGCAGCGCUGGCGGUUCUCCCACAACGGCAGUGGAGCCGCUGUCACAGUUCGUCGCCGCGGUCGACGCGCGCAGCAAUAGCGGUCGAGGAGGGUUAAAGCAUGGCGCAUCCAUCCAAAAUGGUUGUGGCAUGCAGUCGCCACGGCAGCCGCGCACGUCGAUUCUUGUGACAGCGGCCUCGCCCCACUCCCAUCGAGAGGAAGAAGCCCGCGCGCAGUACCGCACGAGUACGGCCGUGGCCGUGGGCAAGAGUCUGGUGACGCUGGCUGCGGAGCUUAGCCGUGGCAGCCACAAGGGCAGCGUCGCGAGAGCAACGUGGAAGACGAAUUCGGCGCAAUCGACCCGCCAAGAGAGCGAACACAGAGCGAGUGCCUCGGUGCGUGCUUUUCACGGUGCUGAUGCGAACGUCAGUGGCAGUGCUGCCGCUGUCAGUUGUGUGGCCGCGUUGGAGAAGAGGAACAGUGAGUGCUCCGCGACCAGAUUCCGAGCCCACCGGCGCGAGUUGUCUGCCGGCUCUCUGUUGUCUUCAAAUCCUCUCUGCGUCAGCCCCGCACCCAUCCGCGAUUACUGGCUGUCCAUGCUCCUGCGUGCCCCGUUCUGGUGGACGACGCGGACGGCGAUGGUGACGGCAGCAACGGUGGCCGGCGCAGAAGUCGCAAUGUCGCCUGCCACACUGCAGCAACAGAGCGCGCAGCUUGUGCUGUGGUCGUCCGUGCCGAUAGGCGCGGAUGGCGAAGCGGUACCGCUGCAGGAUCUGUGUCGCCUACAGCUCGAACCAUGGCGGGUGCUAUUAGCCGUCGCGGCGGUGCCGCCGAUCAGCAAGGAAGCCCAGCAGGCGGCGCACCAGAUGCGCGUCUACGGCAAGACAGUGCCUCCGCAGCAAGCACGCCUGUACAGGAUGGCGGAGCGGCAGAAGCUGCACCAUCAGCACAGUCGACAGAGGCGCUCGCAGGAGCACAGCCGAGAGCUGUCCGUGUUGGUGGCUCCCCAUCUCACGUUGGCGGUCACCGCGGCCAAGACAGCGGCGACGCCGAGCGGGCUCGCGCCUUCGGCUGCGGGCACCACGGAGCUGGAGAAGCCCGCCGUUAGUGUCAUCACACAGAGCUUCAGUGGAAGAUGGAGGAAAGGCAGCAGUGUAGGUGGCACCGCGGACCCUCUGCUCAUGUGCUCUGCAAUGCUGCCUCUCACGCCAUUCAACAUUCCGGAGGAGGCGGCAGCGCUGGAGGCGUCCACAACGACAGCCGCGGUGGUGGCCACCAGCGCGCCGGCUGUCGCGCACCCUCGACGUCGCGGCACCGGGGAGACCGACGAGGGUUGCACGUCUUCCUUCUCUGAGGUAUGCUCCCUCUCCUCGAUCCCGGCGUCGUCACACGCGUCCUCGAUGCCUGCGCACGGCAAGGGCGGCGAACGCAUCCGAUGGCGGGCGCAGCAGUACCGGAUGCACCGCAGCAGCCCGGGCAGCAGCAACGGUUGCCCUGACUCGACGGGUGUGACGACGUUGACCACGGCAGCCACGCCCAUGGCAUCCAAUUUUUGGAGUAUGAUGCCAAAUGGCGCCUUUUUGCCGCCCGCCUUGGCAAACAUACACCGCCGCACGCUAACGAACCCGAGUCUUACACCUCACAACACGGCCAUCGUGAAGUCGUUGUCGACGUGUCCUGGUGGCGCGGGCACGAGCAGCAACGGCGCCGCCAGCGAUACGAGGGGCACGGCAAACUGGCAAGGCGACAGCGUCUCCACCGCGCAUGCUCCGCACACGGAGCCAAGGCUGCGGUCGCGUCGGCUGGCCCCGCUGAAGAAGGAAGCCCUUCAUAGGCGCAUGCAGCUUCUAGCAGACCUCGACACGAUUAGCAAGCGAGACCAGGUGGUUCGACAACACUACAUGGUUCAGCACCUGCAGCUGUCCAGCGCGAUGACCUACACGCAGUCAGAGGCCAUGAUGCGGCGCUAUCGCGCACAGAGCCGUCUCGCGCUGGAGAGGCUGAUCUGCAGCGAGGUGGGCGACGCGACAGCGGUCCGUGCGGUGACGGAAAGGACGAAGGAGUUCAACUUCUAG